CAAAAACAAAUAUUACAAAAACAACUCGAGUAUCAGAAUGGGUAGCUCUUGCUCUUCCUCUUCCUCUAUGCUCUUGGCCUUUUCCUUGUUCGUCGCAGCUCUGAUGAUCUCCUCCAGGGCCGCUGCUGUUGAGGCGAGCUUCGAGCAGAGCCUGAGGUGGGCGCCGACGAGGCACCACUGCCAAGGUUCCAUUGCUGAGUGCAUGGGCGCAGGGGAUGACGAGUUUGAGAUGGAUUCUGAGAUCAACCGCCGGAUCUUGGCGACCACACAGUACAUAAGCUACGGGGCGCUGCAGCGGAACACCGUGCCUUGCUCUCUCAGGGGUGCCUCCUACUACAACUGCAAGCCUGGUGCAGAGGCUAACCCCUACAACCGUGGUUGCAGUGCCAUCACUCGUUGCCGAAGUUAAGUUUUUUUUUUUUUUUGGGUCCUUUACUGGUUUGGUUUCUCUACUUAUUUGUAAUAUAUGAUUGGAAUAAAAAUGGGGAUUUAUUAGUAA